AUGACACUGAGUCACCACACCUUUACUACCUUCACUGCUAUACAAAGUCCAUCAGCAUUCAGUACUAGCAGUGACAUAGUCAAUAAUGCUGCUGUCCUUGCUAUUGGGGGUUCGCAGUCCAUCCAGGCAGUUACUGGACAGACAUUUGGCACAGAAGAAUCGCGAGCCGCCGCAUUCACUAUUGGAACAGAGAGUUCUUUGCUGACUGGUGAGGGCUUUAAAUAA